AUAUACCGACCAUAAUGCAAAAAAAAAAAAAAAAAAAAAAUCGAAAGAAAGUGAGGAGGGAUCAUGGUGGCGUACUAAAUCUAAAGACUGUGGGAGAUUAAUGAGUGAAGGAAAAGAUGGGUAUCUUUUAUCUCUUCUUUUCUUUUAUUCUCUCUAUAUCUCUUCAAUUAUAAUAUUAUAUUCAUCUUUUCUGUUAUAUAUAAAUAAUUUGUCAGCUUUUAAAAUGUACUCAUUUUAUAUUUCCCCUUUGAGAGAGAAAAGAGUUGCAGAGAUCUUUGAGUCUGACACAGAGGCCAAACUCACAUAGCAAUCAGACACACAUCUCCACAAACAUAACUUGAGAUGAUCAUGAAACACGUGCAUCCUCAGAUCUCUAUCAAUCCAGCUUAGUGAAAGAAGAUCAACAGUUAACGUUUCACUCGUAAAUAACAAAUACUAACUAGAUGGCUGCUUACUUCCACGGGAACCCACCGGAGAUCUCAGCCGGAUCCGACGGUAGUUUACAGACGUUGAUCCUCAUGAAUCCAACGACCUACGUUCAAUACACUCAACAAGACGACGACUCAAACAACAACAAUAGCAACAAAACAAACAUUAGCAACAACAGCUUUGUUUUCCUCGACUCCCACGCGCCGCCGCAAAACGCUAGCCAGCAGUUUAUCGGAAUACCACUCUCCGGCCAUGAAGCUGCUUCCAUUACAUCAGCCGACAACAUCUCUGUACUUCAAGGAUACCCUCCUCGCGUGCAGUACAAUCACUACAGCAGCCACCAAGUGGAUUCCUCUCACCAGCAAGCCGCGUGUGAGACUCCACGCGCGCAGCAAGGCCUCUUCUUGACUCUCUCGUCUCAACAGCAGCAGCAACAACAUCAAAACCAACACCAGACUCUCCAUCACGUAGGGCUUGGGUCAGGACCCGGACAGGAUAUUCGGGUCGGUUCAGGCUCUACCGGAAUAGCCACUCUCGUGAGCUCCAAGUACUUGGAGGCAGCGCAAGAGCUUCUAGACGAAGUAGUCAAAGCUGAUUCUAAUGACAUCAACACUAGAUCUCAACUAUUUUCAUCGAAGAAAGGGACUAGUGAAACUGAUAAUAAAGCUGUCGGAGAAUCUUCCACCGGUGCCGGAGAAGGUUCCGGUGGUGGUGGAGAAGCUUCUGAGAAACACACGGUGGAGCUAGGAACGGUGGAGAGGCAGGAAAUACAUAUGAAGAAAGCAAAGCUGAGUAGUAUGCUUCACGAGGUGGAGCAGAGAUACAGACAGUAUCACCAACAGAUGCAGAUGGUGAUCUCGUCGUUCGAGCAAGCGGCAGGAACUGGUUCCGCAAAGUCAUACACGUCGCUCGCACUGAAGACCAUAUCAAGACAGUUCCGGUCCUUGAAAGAAGCGAUCGCUGGUCAGAUAAAAGCGGUCAACAAGAGCCUUGGGGAGGAAGAUUCUGUCUCUGGUGUUGGGAGGCUCAAGUUCGUAGACCAUCACUUGAGACAGCAAAGAGCUCUUCAGCAACUCGGAAUGAUUCAACAUCAUCCUUCCAAUAAUGCUUGGAGACCUCAACGUGGUCUGCCCGAACGAGCCGUCUCAGUUCUCCGUGCUUGGCUCUUUGAACAUUUUCUCCACCCAUACCCUAAGGAUUCGGACAAGCACAUGCUAGCCAAGCAAACUGGACUCACUCGGAGCCAGGUGUCAAACUGGUUUAUAAACGCGAGAGUUCGGCUAUGGAAACCGAUGGUGGAAGAGAUGUACGUAGAGGAGAUGAAGGAGCAGGGAAAGAACAUGGGAUCCAUGGAGAAGACACCUAAUUUGGAUCAAAACAACGAAGAUUCUGCUUCCAAAUCUACGAGUAACCAAGAGAAGAGCCCCAUGGGAGGAGGAGGUGCCAACAAUUACCAUCUGAAUCCCAAUCACAACGGUGACCUAGAAGUCGUCACCGGAAUGCAAGGAAGUCCUAAAAGGCUAAGAACAAACGAAGAGACAAUGAUGCAGCCUAUUAAUGCUGAUUUCAACUCAAACGAUAAGCUCACAAUGAAAAUUCUAGAAGAACGGCAAGGGAUAAGAUCAGACGGUGGAUACCCUUUCAUGGGGAAUUUCGGACAAUACCAAAUGGAUGAGAUGUCAAGAUUCGAUGUAGCUGUCUCGGACCAGGAGCUCUUAGCGCAAAGGUACUCAGGAAACAACAAUGGCGUGUCACUCACGUUAGGUUUACCUCACUGUGAUAGCUUGUCGUCCACGCGUCAUCAGGGUUUCAUGCAGACCCAUCAUGGGAUCCCGAUAGGGAGAAGAGUGAAAAUAGGAGAUACAGAAGAGUAUGGAUCCGCCAACAUCUCGGCUGCAACAGUGCAUUCAUCAGCCGCUGCUUACAGUGCGAUGAACAUUCAGAACCAGAAGCGAUAUGUGGCUCAGUUAUUGCCUGACUUCGUUGCUUAAACCCAGGAGAAACCAAUAAAGGUUAUUUAUACAUUAGUAUAUAGUUUUUUGUACUGCUGAACCAAAACAAAGAACAAAAUUUAAAUUUAGUCUUUGGUUAUAUAUGGCCGACUACAUAUCGUUUUCGUAAUUUCUUUUCCUUUUUCGCUUUUAUUGGUGGAUGGUUAGAUUAUAUAUGUAUAUGUGAUUAGUUUGCUUUUUUGGGUGUAUACCAAACAUAUAUUUUUACUUUUUUUUAUUAUAUUGUAAUCAUAAGAUA